AUGCCAAAUACUCCAUCUGUUUCUGAAAAUCGCACGAAACACGUUUGCAAACGUAACAUCAGUUCCACUUCAACAACACGGCACAGUAAAGAAAACUCAAAACCCCAGAUUUAUCGGCAAAGAGAUCGCAAAACCCAUGAUCUUAUAUACACGAUCCGUGCUCGAACUUGCUUAAAGUCUCAAGCUUUACGAGAAAGUCUCUGUCUUUUCAUUCAUUCAACGGUGGAGAAGAUGAAUCGAGUUCUUCUGAUAGCUGUAGUAGCAUUAGCUCUGCUAGCUUCGUCGGCGUUAUUACCGGUGGGAGCAAAGAAGCCCUUGUCGUCGGCUCCGAGAAAGGAGGACGUUCCGUAUAUCAAGUGCCAGGUGUGCGAGAAGCUAGCGUCGCGGUUGCAUCAGCUAGUGAAGGAGAAGCAAGUUGAGAUCUCUCCCAAGAAGAUCUCGGAGUAUGAGAUCAUUGAGAUUGCUGAGAAUGUGUGCAACCUGAAGAAAGAGGAAGCUGAUUGGAUGCUUAAGAUUGAUAUUGUGGAGAAAGGGGAUAAGCUUCAGCUGGUUGAACAAGAAGAAGAAGGGAUGUGCAAUUCUGAGUGCAAAACCAUCGAGGCUGCUUGUCAAAAGGUCAUUGGUUACUCGGACACUGACGUUGCGGAGUAUAUAUACAAGUCUAAGCCUGAUCUUGCUUCACUUGUUAACCAUCUAUGCAAAGACCUGACCGAUGCUUGUACCAAGAACCCUCCUCCUGUUCCCAAGGAUCGAGUUCCUGGAGAACCAUUUGUGGCAAAACCAUCGAAAGAUGCUGAAAUGGACAAGAUCAUGAGAUCUAUGCAGGGGAUACCAGGAGCACCUGGCAUGAAGGUAUACUCUAGGGAAGAUUUAGAGAAGUACAAAGCUAACCCGGAAAAGUUCGGUACUGAAGAUGAAGAUGGUGAUGACGAUGAUGAAGAUGAGGAAGAGGAUGACAAGUUCCCCAAGAACUUGGGGAAAGUUCUGAAAGAGACAAAAAAGGAAGAGUGGAAGAAGACAGUCACUAAGUUACUCAAGAAGAAAAGUGAAGCCCUGAGGGGACAUGCACAGAAAGUGUCGAACCGGGUCCGGAGAUGGUGGAAAGGAGUUAGUUCAAAAAAAUCUAAAUCCGGAAAGUCUGAGCUGUAGAAACAGUUUGGGAACUGGUCUGUUCUAAUGCACUUUUCUUCUUCACACUUGCUUUCAUUGUAGCUGUCUAGUUUCUAUCUAUCUUUUCAAUAGAAAGUGAUGUAACAAAGGGAACAUAUAAUGUGAUGGUUUAGAGAAAAAAUCAUGAAUCAAAGAGAAUGAUGCAAAA